AUGGCCUGGAAAUUGCUCACUUUGCCGGUUCUUUCAUUGGGUAAAGGUUGCUGGGACCAGCCAGAAACUCUGCCUCCACCCCAUCAACAGAGCCACAGCGAGUGGCUGACUGAGCUGAAGUCCUGGCGUGCGGCGCAUCUGCAGGGAUACAAAGGUGAAGUUUACAAGGAUCCAUCCCUGACAUGGACGCGCACAUCCUUUAUCCAGCCCCAGGUUCACUUGUACGAUAGAUAUUUGUUCGACGGCUCCUGGACCGUGGACAGAUACCUGGACGACUUGGAGAAUCGCUACGGUGGCAUCGACUCAGUGCUGAUUUGGCCGACCUACACAAACCUCGGAAUUGACGAGAGGAACCAGUUCGACUACUUCAGGGCAGUGCCUGGAGGACUCCAGGCCUUAAGCAACGUCACAGAAGCCUUCCACCAGCGAGGUGUGAGGGUUCUUUGGGCCUACAACCCUUGGGAUCAGGCCACCAGGGACGAGGGCCAUCACUGGGAUGUCUUGGCUUCACUCCUGAAAGUCAGCGGAGGUGAUGGCUUCAACGGGGACACCAUGAAGACCAUCCCCAAUGCUUUCUGGAAAGCUGGUACGCUCAACAACUAUUCCAUCGCUGUAGAGCCAGAAGGCAGCGGCGUGCCUUGCGACGACUUGGACUAUUCCAGCGCAGGAUGGACACCCCUUGGCUGGGGCUACUACGGCCACAAGAAGGCGGAUAUGAUGACCAUGCGAUACGACUUCGCCCCUGGUGUUGACAAAAUGAAAUGGCUGGAUCCCCAGGGACGGCAUUUGACCCACGUGUGUGAUCGCUGGUCAAAGAGCCGUGCCACGGCGAUACAGCUGGCCUUCUUCAACGGAGAUGGCUAUGAGUCAUGGGAAAAUAUAUGGGGGCUAUUCAAUCGCCUGACGGACAGAGACGCUGAGCUGCUCCGCCGGAGCGCUACGCUGCUGCGCUGGGCUGGCAAGCGGAACUUCAGCCAUGAUUUUGAUGACUGGAUUCCCCAUGCGCCCGAGGCCACGGAUGCCUCCCGAGGCAUUUUUGCCUCCCGAUUCGAAAAGGCAGGAGACGCACUUUGGCUCCUGAUCAACAAGGGGAACACUUCCUACUCCACAGUGCAAAUUCCCCAGAUGUUCCUUGCCAAAGGCUGUGAAAUCUUCGAUCUGUAUCAUGGCAUGAGGGUGAGCCCAGAUGUGGAUGGUGUAGUGAACAUGAGCAUUGAACCUGGGGCAGUGUCCGCACUUUUGGCGACAACCCGCGGUGCGGAAGAGGAGAUGCUGCUGCAAAAGAUGGCAGCCAUGACUCAGCAACCUCUUGCUGCGUUCUCGCCGACCUGGCAGGUGUUGCAGCAGCAGAUGGAUCCAAGGCCCUCAACCAAAGCCUUCGAACAUCCACCGCCCGACAUGGUUCUGUUGCCUCGAAUGAAAUUCAACUUCGAUGUCAGCGGCACAGAGUUCGAGGGCGGUUGUGAUCCGGCGGAUGACCCUAACAGAGUUUGCUGCAAAUCCGAAGUCUGCAAGGGAGCUGGAGCUCCCAACUGUCAGUGUGGCGUUGUGCAGUUGGAGUAUUUUGGAGUGGAUGUGCAGUUCCCUUGGGAAAGUCAGCCCGAGCGCAAUCACCGGAAGCAGCUUGAUCUCGGACCAUUGCUGUUCGAUCGCGAUCUGGUCACCAACGCUGAUUAUCUGCGAUACCUAAACGCCAGCGGCUACAAACCGACCGACAAGUUCAAUUUCCUGAAGCACUGGGUCAUGGGUCGCCCAAAGCCAGGCGAUGAGCAAAAGCCCGUGGUGAACAUCGGCUUUGAGGAAGCCCAAGCCUUCUGCCAGUUCUAUGGCAAGAGGCUCCCUCACAGCUAUGAGUGGCAGCUCGCAGCACAAGGGCAAGAUGGCAGGAGAUAUCCUUGGGGAAACGACUGGGAUCCAUCUGUAGUUCCACCGCCAGGUCAUGACCCGGUCAGCAUUGGCCAGUACGAGAAGGGAAUCUCAGUUUUCGGCGUGCGCGAUUUGAUCGGAAACGUCUGGCAGUACACCGACUCCUUCCGGGACGACCAUACCCGGGCAGUCCUCCUCCGCGGCUCCAGUCGCUACAACCCUGAAGUCUCCGAAGCCUUCCCCUCCAUUCACCAAUCUGUAAAUUGGUACUUCCCUCCAGCCCGCGAGCUCAAUAGGCACUCCAAGUACUUCCUCAUGAGUAACAGCUACGAGCGGGCUGGGACUCUGGGCUUCCGCUGCGCCGCCGAUGUGGUUGGUGGACCACCAGCUCCUCACCACUACUGGAACAGCGACGGCGAGGUUCUGAAAUUUGUCUGA